ACUGGGUGUUAAACCUCCCUAAUCCUUACUCCCACACAAGCUGCUUUUCCUCUGUGCUUCAGAGAAGGAUGGGGGCAGACGCCCAGGGAAGCAACAGGGGUGUUUUUCUGUUGGAAAAUCUGAGAUGAGACCCACUACCAGGGUAGGGUAGCAAGAGAGAAAAAUGUUAGAUACUGAGCAGGCACCCCAGACCUUGUGUGCCCCAAGUUGGAGCUUGCUGUAUGGCGUUCUGGCUCCUUCUGAGGGAAGGAGAGAGCCUGCCGGCUGUCGCUGCUGUCUCUGUACCCUCCUUCCCUUCGUCUGACUUCUGGUCAAGGGCACAGGUCACUCUCUGGACACUCUGGACAGGAGUUUAGGAGUCGAGCCCUUUCUCUUAGGCACUUCACUGAAACCACCAGAAUCUACUCCCUGGUGUUGCUCUAUGGGUACUUUUUUUCCACCCAGUUUUCCCUUCAAACACGUUAGGGUAUAAAAAGCUUAAACUGAAAUGGUGAAUUCUGGCUCACCGGCCCAAGGACAAUCUCCACUGACCCGUUCCAUUGCCAAAAAGGGGUGGGGGUGUCCAACCUCCAUUCCUAUUAAUAAUUACCACCCCUCUUCCCCGCACACGGGAAAAGAAGCAGAAGAACAAGGCCUGGAUCCCCUUCCUUCCUUUGAUUUAUUUUAAGUUGGGAGAGUUAUGUUUCUUUGGAGAACAAGGGAAAUCCAGGGAGAAUCUGGGAUAUGAAGAGCUGGGAAGGUCGGAAAUGUACCCCACCCAGUAAGAGGCCAUACUGGAACUGGAAGAGAAGGGGACUCUCGGGUACCCCAGGAUCAGCGAUGGCAAAGCCCUGGGUGUGCGGCAGUAUCAUGUGGCCUCAGUCCUGUGCCAACGGGCCAAGGUGGCCAUGAGCCACUUUGAGCCCAACGAGUACAUCCACUAUGACUUGCUAGAGAAAAACAUUAACAUCGUUCGCAAAAGAUUGAACCGGCCUCUGACUCUCUCAGAGAAGAUUGUGUACGGGCACCUGGAUGACCCGGCCAACCAGGAUAUUGAGCGGGGCAAGACAUACCUGCGACUGCGGCCGGACCGUGUGGCCAUGCAAGAUGCCACAGCCCAGAUGGCCAUGCUGCAGUUUAUCAGCAGUGGGCUGCCCAAGGUGGCUGUGCCAUCCACCAUCCACUGCGACCAUCUGAUUGAGGCCCAGCUGGGGGGCGAUAAAGACCUGCGCCGGGCCAAGGACAUCAACCAGGAAGUCUAUAAUUUCCUGGCAACUGCAGGUGCCAAAUAUGGUGUGGGCUUCUGGAGGCCUGGAUCUGGAAUCAUUCACCAGAUUAUUCUGGAAAACUAUGCAUACCCUGGGGUUCUUCUGAUUGGCACUGACUCCCAUACCCCCAAUGGUGGUGGCCUGGGGGGCAUCUGCAUCGGAGUUGGGGGUGCUGAUGCAGUGGACGUCAUGGCUGGGAUCCCCUGGGAGCUCAAGUGCCCCAAGGUGAUUGGCGUGAAGCUGACGGGCUCCCUGUCUGGGUGGAGCUCUCCCAAAGAUGUGAUCCUGAAGGUGGCAGGCAUCCUCACAGUGAAGGGCGGCACAGGUGCUAUCGUGGAAUACCACGGGCCUGGCGUGGACUCCAUCUCCUGCACUGGCAUGGCGACAAUCUGCAACAUGGGCGCAGAAAUUGGGGCCACCACUUCAGUGUUCCCUUACAACCACAGGAUGAACAAGUACCUGAGCAAGACAGGCCGGGCAGAGAUCGCCCGUCUAGCUGAUGAAUUCAAGGAUCACUUGGUACCUGACCCUGGCUGCCAUUAUGACCAAUUGAUUGAAAUCAAUCUCAACGAGCUGAAGCCACAUAUCAAUGGGCCCUUCACCCCUGACCUGGCUCACCCUGUGGCAGAAGUGGGUGCUGUGGCAGAGAAGGAAGGAUGGCCGGUAGACAUCCGAGUGGGACUGAUCGGCAGCUGCACCAAUUCAAGCUAUGAGGACAUGGGGCGCUCCGCAGCUGUGGCCAAGCAGGCGCUGGCCCAUGGACUCAAGUGCAAGUCUCAGUUCACCAUCACUCCAGGCUCCGAGCAGAUCCGUGCUACCAUUGAGCGAGAUGGCUAUGCACAGAUCCUGCGGGAUGUGGGCGGCAUCGUCCUGGCCAAUGCCUGUGGCCCAUGCAUUGGCCAGUGGGACAGAAAGGACAUCAAGAAGGGGGAGAAGAACACAAUUGUCACCUCCUACAACAGAAAUUUCACAGGCCGCAAUGACGCAAACCCUGAGACCCACGCCUUUGUCACAUCCCCAGAGAUUGUCACAGCCCUGGCCAUCGCAGGAACCCUCAAGUUCAACCCAGAGACUGACUUCCUAACAGGCAAGGAUGGCAAGAAGUUCAAGCUGGAGGCUCCAGAUGCCGAUGAGCUUCCCCAUGCAGAGUUUGACCCGGGGCAGGACACCUACCAGCAACCCCCCAAGGAUGGCAGUGGGCUGCGGGUAGAUGUGAGUCCCACGAGCCAGCGCCUGCAGCUCCUGGAGCCUUUUGACAAGUGGGAUGGCAAAGACCUGGAGGACCUGCAGAUCCUCAUCAAGGUUAAAGGGAAGUGUACCACAGACCAUAUCUCAGCUGCUGGCCCCUGGCUCAAGUUCCGUGGGCACCUGGACAACAUCUCCAACAACCUGCUUAUUGGUGCCAUCAACAUUGAAAACGGCAAGGCCAAUUCCAUACGCAAUGCUGUCACCCAGGAGUUUGGCCCUGUCCCUGACACUGCUCGCUACUACAAGAAACAUGGCAUCAGGUGGGUGGUGAUCGGAGAUGAGAACUACGGUGAGGGCUCGAGCCGGGAGCAUGCAGCGCUGGAGCCACGCCACCUUGGGGGUCGGGCCAUCAUCACCAAGAGCUUUGCCAGGAUCCACGAAACCAACCUAAAGAAGCAGGGCCUGCUACCCCUCACCUUCGCGGACCCAGCUGACUACAAUAAAAUUCACCCUGUGGACAAGUUGACCAUUCAGGGCCUGAAGGACUUUACUCCUGGCAAGCCUCUGAAAUGCAUCAUCAAACAUCCCAAUGGAACCCAGGAGACCAUCCUCUUGAACCACACCUUCAAUGAGACCCAGAUUGAGUGGUUCCGUGCUGGCAGUGCCCUGAACAGAAUGAAGGAGCUGCAGCAGUGAGGCCCAGACCGUCCUCCAGCCCAACUGGUCAUGCUCAAGUGCAGCUCCAUGUGCCAUCAGAGCUGAUCCAUCCCGCCAUGGCUUCUUACUCCAAGAUGGUGUGACCAGACACACUCCCUGCCCUCCACUCCCUCAGCCCCGUCAGUGACCACGGUUGGGGUGGUUCUUAAAAUAAUUUUUUAGCCCCUGCUUUCCUGUUUUUAGUUUGGUUCAGAGUCUUGAGCAGCUUCAUUCAACUGUGUUUAUUUUUGAUGACAAGACUCCCAACUAAAGGAGAUUUUCUCCUGCCUGAUCAUUUCAAUGGUGGCUGAAGGAUUUUAGAGAACCUUAUGCUCUUGCAAGGAAAAUAUGAAUCCAGACUCAG